CUACCCGCAGCAUGUUAAUUGGGCAGCGGCGAAGCGGACAUCUUUUUUGUUUAGUGUGAAAGAACAACGACAUUUGCCGCGUUUCGGCCAACUUGGUGAAAAAAGGCAAAUUGACCAUUUUUAUUACUUUACAACCGUGCGAAAAAGCUUUCACGGGAUAGAGAAACAUCACACCAUUAGUUUGGUGCACAAAAAUCGUCCGCCAUUAAACUUCUUCGAGUGUAAAUCUGCGUUUCGAUUUGGUUCUUGGUGCGGCUUGGGGUGGAAGCAGCGUAGCGUCGUCGGCCCGAGGUUGAUUAGAGACACUCGUUCCGGCAGCAAAGUAUGUAAACAUUGUUGUUUGCUGACUAUUCUCUGCCAUCCAAUUCUCUCGCUCUGCAACAACACGCGCCGGCUCGGGGGGUUGCACACAACGUUAACGAAAAACAGUCAAAGAUGUCUCGUUACCCGCACGACGCCAAGGUUUACGUCGGUGAGUUAGGUAACAAUGCCAGCAAACAGGACAUUGAGGAAGCGUUCGGAUAUUACGGUCCGCUUCGCAACGUGUGGGUAGCCCGCAAUCCGCCCGGUUUUGCCUUCGUCGAGUUUGAGGAUGCACGCGAUGCGGAGGACGCAGUGCGCGGCCUGGACGGACGUACCAUUUCCGGCCGCCGGGCACGGGUAGAGUUGUCGACGGGCCGGGGCGGACGGGGCGGCGGUCGUGGUGGACCACCGCGCGGUGGCGGCAAAGGUGGCCGGUUCCAGUCCGAUGACCGAUGCUACGAGUGUGGCGGCCGGGGCCACUUUGCACGCGAUUGCGCACGUUCUGGGCGCAGAGGACGCAAAAGAUCGCGCAGCCCACGGUCGCGAUCGCGUGAGCUGCGUACUCGCUCGCGCAGCUACAGCCGUUCCCGUUCCCGGGAUCGUCGUUCACGGUCGAAGGCAACACCGAAGCGCGGUGGCGGUGUGGCUAACAAUCGGUCAGUGAGCAGAGAUGUUAGCAAAACGCCACGCCGCAAUGUAUCCCGCAGCCCAUCGCGUAGCCGUUCCCGGUCGGCCAAGCGAUCGAUUUCACGCUCGCAGUCUCGAUCGGUUUCGAGAUCGCGUUCCCGCCAUCGCAAUGGAGAUCACAACUAAGCGCAAUCGAUCGAGUAGAUGCCACCAUGAACUAUAAGAAAAAAAAAAAAGCAACAACAACACGUGAGGACGGUCUUUGUUUCUCCUCUCUCUGCUGUAGUGAAUGGGAGGAGAAAGAGACAAUAGGAGAGGUAGGAAUUUACUUAUCACAGAACGAGAAAGGAACACGAAAGGACAUUAUCCGUAUCCCCCAUUUACCCUAACAACUAAUUCUAAUCGCCUUUCGGUGUACCGGUGGUAAACGGCGGUUGAUGCGGACCAACUGUUUACCAAGAUACUCAUUAAAACAAGGGAAAGCGAAACGAUGGAGCUAAAUGACAGGGAAGCAUACACGCAGGGCGACAUUACAAUUAGUACGCACUUUCAGACCACCGAGUAUGUUCGUAAAAGGCGUAACAGGCGUAAAAUGACGGGAGAGUAGAUAUUUUCAAUCCUCCGCCAAAACUAAGACGCUAACGGUGGGGGUGCAAAACCCCGUAUUGCAUACUGGGCCGACCGUUACAGCAACGUAUGGGAGGAGAAAAGCUUUCAUUAUUCACUCUGAUACAAUACAAAACAAAAAAAAAACAAAUACCAGAUGUAAGGACAUUCACUUAUUAGCUACCAAACAACAAACAUCAUCCGCCCUUUCGACGGUUAGGAACGUGUGCGUGUGGAUUUAUUUGCAUUUACUUUCUUUCUAUAACUUUCCUCAUUUGUGUGGACGCCUAUACUCUCGGGGGGAUUAGGUUUGCAAAUCGACGAUUUAAAGGAUACGAGUAGAAUGCAUGUUCUGUUCCACUGAUUCUAGGCUGACCUUUAGUAAUAUGGACGAAGCAUGAACCAAUGUCGCAAUAUUGUACACAGAAAAAAAAACCCAGAACAGCAGAGACCCGCUUAUCAUUUGUGGUAAAGGAAGGAAGUGAAUCUUCACAUUAACUUUCCGGCGUACUCUGUAUGUAGGUCGGGAUAAAAAUGGCAAAAUGACGACGAGAAGGAAGAAAACAAAAAAAAACAGGACAUUUAGUUAACAUUUUCGUAAACACACAGGACAGCACGCUCCUUGCACAGGUUAUCCUCCUUCCCCACAAAAGUACAACACAGGAGAAUGCGAUUAUGUUUUAUGAUUUGUAAUUACAAUUAAUACAGUCUGUUUUAAUUUUGUCUCGUGGCGAUUAGAUAAGUGUUAAGCAAAGAGUGUAUGUGAAUAAAUUUAAAACGAUACUGUCUCGAA